UGAAGAAUAUUAAAGCGACCGUGUUCCUGAAUCUCAAAACGUAAAUGUUUGAAGCUCCGCGUUUUUAGGUCGUUGUUGGCUCUUUUUGUCAAGGUCGUAGUACGGAUUUGGUGUUUGACAUUUUCAACUGAUAGUUGUGUAAUGUCGUUUCGUCGUUUAACUUCAUUAUUCUUCGUAAUUGCACCGUUAUUUAAUAUCGCUAUUUCAGGCAAACAAGGCAGGAAUUGCGUUUCGCGCUAAAAAUGCUAAGCAGUUUCAUCUCAGUACGUUAUCGAAUUCGGAGCUGAAAAAGACUAUUACCCUCAUGCCUGGUGAUGGUGUAUGGCCAGAACUGUUUGUUUGUGUGAAGUCGGUUUUCAAAGAAUUCCAUGUACCUAUUCAGUUUGAGGAGGUGGAUUUCGGAUUUAAAAACAAUGUAGAUCCGGAUGGUGGUCUUCAUAAUGUUAUCAACUCUGUUACUAAAAAUAAGGUUGGUCUAAAAGGAAUUGUCCGUACACCGAUUGAAACCCAGGGAUCUAGUGCACUCAAUCUAAGAAUGAGAAAAGCUUUGGAUUUGUUUGCCAACGUUGUUCAUAUUCGUACGUUGAAGGGAAUCCCAAGCUUUCAUCACAAUCUUGAUAUAGUCAUCGUACGUGAACAGUUAGAAGGAGAGUAUUCAUCACUGGAACAUGAAUCGGUUAAGGGGGUAAUAGAGUCUUUAAAAAUUAUAACACGACAUAACUCUGAACGAAUCGCAAAGUUUGCGUUUGAUUAUGCUGUUCGCAAUAAGCGUGGAAAAGUUACUGCUGUCCAUAAAGCUAAUAUCAUGAAAUUAAGUGAUGGUUUGUUUCUUGAAACGUGUCAAAAAAUAGCCAAACUUUAUCCACACAUUCAGUUUAACUCAAUGAUUAUAGACAACUGUUGUAUGCAACUGGUCAGUAAUCCUGAACAAUUUGAUGUGAUGGUUAUGCCGAACCUGUAUGGUAACAUUGUUGAUAACCUUGCUGCUGGUUUGGUUGGUGGUGCUGGAGUUGUACCAGGUGUAUCGUAUAGUCAUGAAUUUGCCGUUUUCGAACCAGGUACUAGACAUUCAUUCAGUUUGGCAUCAGGCAAGGACACGGCUAAUCCAACAGCAAUUUUAUUAGCCAGUUCAAACCUAUUGCGUCAUAUUAAUUUAGAAAGCUUUGCCAAUAAAAUUGAAUCGGCUGUGCUCAAAGUUAUUAAAUCCAAUAAGUCACUAACUUCUGAUGUCGGUGGAAAUUCAUCUACAACGCAGUUUGCAGAAGCUGUUAUGGAACAAGCUCAUGUUUCUUAAUUUUAUCAUACUUUACCUUUGACUUAAAUAAUCGUUAAUGAGACAUAUGCUCUCUGUAUAGCUGUCAUUAGUGUAAACCUAACUUUCACUGAUGACUAGUAUCCUAGUUUCUCUGUAAUGGAUAUCAAAUAAUCAGUCAGUAGAUGUUCUGAGGUCAUUUGUGAUUAUUAUUAUUAUUAUUAUUAUUAUUACUGACAAUGAAAGUCACUGUCCUUAUGUUUAACGGUUACGCUUGUAAAUAACUGAGCAUUUUGGGAAAAAUUUUCUUUUUGAGACAUUCUAAUUUGUUUAUGGAAUUGCAUCAUUGUCACUCAUAGUUGAUCGAAAGUCGAUAACUUUUUAUUUCAUAUAUAUAUAUAUUUCUAUAUCCUUUUACAAAUAGAAAAACUAUUAGUAGUUUGAG